GACGGUGAAUGUGCAGGAUCUGACCCCCUCGUGUGCCGGAGCCCUCUACGGUUUCAUGAAUAUGAUGGGAGCUUUCAUGGGCCUGGUGUUUGUGUCUCUGUCUGGUUUCCUGAUCGAGGUCACGCUCUCCUGGGCCACCGUCUUCUCUCUCGUCUCGCUGGUGAACGUCUCCGGCCUCGCAGUCUUUAUCGUGUUCGGAGACGCUCGCAGAGUGGACCUGCAGGACUACACCCCGCUGGUCCAGAUCUGAACCAGAACCAGAGUAGACCUACAGGACUACACCCCGCUGGUCCAGAUCUGAACCAGAACCAGAGUGGACCUGCAGGACUACAGCCCACUGGUCCAGAUCUGAACCAGAACCAGAGUAGACCUGCAGGAAUACAGCCCACUGGUCCAUAUCUGAACCAGAACCAGAGUGGACCUGCAGGACUACCGCCAGAUCAGAACCAGAGUGGACCUGCAGGACUACAGCCAGAUCAGAACCAGAGUGGACCUGCAGGACUACAGCCAGAUCAGAACCAGAGUAGACCUGCAGGACUACAGCCAGAUCAGAACCAGAGUGGACCUGCAGGACUACAGCCAGAUCAGAACCAGAGUGGACCUGCAGGACUACAGCCAGAUCAGAACCAGAGUGGACCUGCAGGACUACAGCCCUCUGGUCCAGAUCUGAACCAGAACCAGUUUUAUGACCAAGUACAGGUUUACACAGUCAGCACAUUCAAGUCCCUCCUCAAAACCCACCGGUUCAGAUCAGCCUCCUCACUGCAGUGCUACAUGUCCCGUCCUUUUGUACUGUCUUAAACCUCAUUCUAUCAAUUGGUGUCCUUGGGUACUUUGAAAGGCGCCUCUAAAUAUAAUGAAUUAAUAUUAUUACACAUACGAGGAGUUUGCUUUGGUGUAAAUGGUGCAGACUUUUUUUUAUUUUCAUUAAAACAGCAAGAAAUAGUGCUUUUA